GAGGUAAUUUCAAGUUUGUAUGGACCAAAAUGGAGGUAAGGAUUAGACAGAGUCAAAUGAGAGGCAGUAAAUCAAAAUUAACAGAGAGGAGAGAGAAAAUGGGAGAAUAAUAGUGUGGGUCUGAGAAAUAAUAAGGGAUCUGAAACAGCAGAAUGGUGGAUCAGAGCUCAUUAGCAAGGGGCAGAUCGUUUACAUAAUGUCAAAAGUUACUGCUUUUUGUUUUUUUGAAUCGUUACGUAAUGUGGAAGCUUGUAAAAUAGUUCAGGUAAGUACAGGGGGAGUAGUUUUUAAGCGCAGCGAGGGUUUAAGAAGUUAGAUUGAUUUGAGUGAGAAGGGGAGCAAAUUGCGCGCAGGAGAUAUCAAUCGGGAAGGUGUUUUGGUUGCGGACGGGAAAAGUGGCUUUUCCGGCGUCUGCAUCGUAUUUAAUGGUGGGAUUUGCGAGUACGAGGCGUGAAGUUUGAAGUUUUAUGCGGGGUGUUGUGUAUUUGAAGUGGAAAUAAUGAAGGUGGACACGCGCCUGGACUAUGCUGCUUUCCAGCUCUCGCCCAAGCGUACCAGGUGCGAGCUGUUCGUUUCAGGUGGAGGAGAAACGGAAAAGCUUGCGUCGGGGCUUUUGAAACCAUUCUCUACUCAUUUGCGGGCGGCUGAAGAACAGGCUGGCAGAGCAGGGCAUUUAAUUAAGCUCGAAGUUCCUGAAUAUGAAAAUGGAGAAGCCUCCUGGUUCACUAAAGGCACUUUGGAAAGGUUUGUCCGGUUUGUUAGCACUCCUGAAGUGUUGGAGCUGGUCAACACUGUGGACACCGAGAUGUCGCAACUGGAGGCUGCUCGAAACUUCCAGUUUAGCCUCUAUUCUCAGGGCACUAGCGAACAGGCUUCAGGAUCAGAUGCCAGUUCACUUGGAGCUGUCCCCAAGUCAAGUGAAACAGAUGCAGCUGAUACAUCAAAGAGAGAAUUGUUGAGAGCCAUAGAUGUGCGGCUUAUUGCUUUGCAACAAGAAUUAAGCAUGGGUUUUGCUCGAGCUUUUGCUGCUGGUUUUGCAAUAGAGCAUAUGGCUGAUCUCAUUGUAUUUGCAGAUCGCUUUGGAGCAAAUCGUCUAAAAGAUGCCUGUGCCAAAUUUAUGAUGCUCUGUCAAAAACGACAUGAUGUGUGCCAAUGGCGAGAUGAUGGAGAUGCCCACUCAUCAGAUUCUGAUAUGUCCAUUGAAAACGGUACAGAGGGUGAGCAUAUGCUUGAUUCUUCAUCACAUUUUUUAGUGAAGAAAGCUGAUACACCCUAUGGCCAGUGGUCUGAUACCCGAGCUGCAGGUGGGAACUUUGUAGAUAAAAGUCAAACUUUAGCUUCUACCACUCAGCAAGGCAAUGAGCCAUUGCAUUUACGAGUGCAAUCAGUAGACCGUUUUGAAAACAUCUGUUCUGCUGGUGGGGUCAAUCUCACAAACUGCCGGGGAAGCUUGCCAAACACCACAAGGAAUUUAUCUACAGAAUCUGAUGCCUUGAAUAAAUCCAUUACCGAGAAAAGUCCCGAGUCUUCUAGAAUGGUCCCAGAUAAACGUAAACAAGCUGAAGUUGACACAAACAGACUGAGGUCUUGUUCCCCAGGCAGGAGAUCCUCUUCCCCACCACAAAGAGUUCAAACAGGGAGAGUUGGACCAGGGAUGACAAGAAGUAGUAGCAAUGUGGAUGACCAGUCUAGUAGAGGCAGAUCUUUGAACAGGGAAAGUAGUGAUAGUGAUACUGAGAGUAAUGGUUGUGACAAGCAAGAAUCAGAGUCUAUUCAGAAAACUCAGCCAGCCAGAAGGCUGAGUGUUCAAGACCGCAUCAAUCUGUUUGAAAGUAAACAGAAGGAACAACAAAGAGAAUCAGGUGAAGCUAUUAAAAAAGUUGUAAAGGUGGAAAAUCGGAGGCUGUCGUCUGAAAGUGGCAAUUCUAUUUCUCUAACAGAGAAGGCUGUUCUCAGGAGAUGGAGUGGAGCUAGUGAUAUGAGUGUUGAAGCACCUACCGCUCAGCAAACUAAGAGUGGAAAUAAUAAUGAGGUUAAGGAAUCAAUGACUAGGAGUCAUUCAGAAGUGUAUGUUACUGCAUCUGAAAAUAGUGUGCAUGCAUUAUCUUCUGAAAAGGAUCAAGGGCAAAUACAGGAGUUACCUCCUGAGAGUGAUUUGGGGUCUUCAGCUAAUGAGCAAGGCACGUUAGAAGGAAGAAAAAAUACCAAGUUCAAAUUAUCAUCUCCUCCCAGAGCAAGAGGACACCAGAGAGCAUGGAGCUCUGCUUCAGAUUAUUCAGAAUGCUUUAGUGACAAUCAAACAACCAAAUUUGGUAGUAUUACUACUGAGGAACGGGUGGCUAAUAUUGCUAAACAACCUGCACCAGCCACACAAUUUAAAGUGCAGUUAGCCUUGAACUCACAACCUUCUAAAAUUGCUGGGCAGGGAUCAGAUAUAACUCAUGGUUCCAUGAACAUGAUACAGACUACUGCUCCCUAUGGAUCAAAAAUAUAUGAAAGUAGUGCAGAUGCAAGUCAGAUUGGGGCUACUAGGCAAGGAUCAGAUUUGGACAAUGGUUUUUUUGACUCAAAACCCCAUGGGGCUUCUAGGCAAAGAUCAGAUAAAAUAUAUGGCUCCACAGACACAAACCAGCCCGGGUCUGGCAGACAAGGAUCAGACAGAGCUGAUAGUUCCCUGAAUACAAACAAGUUUGGUAUUGAUGUUGAUAGAGAAGGAUUAGAACUUAGUAAUGGUUCAACGAGCAUGAGAAGAUCUAGGGGUGAGGAACCAUUACCUAGAGUCAAGCAGUCUAAAGGAAACCAGGAACUGAAUGAAGAAUUAAGGGAGAAAGCUAAUCAAUUGGAAGCAAUUUUUGCUGCUCACAAGCUAAGGAGUCAAGCUGCUUUGGAGCAUCCAGAAGAUACAGAGAUCACUAGAAAGAAAAGUUCCUCCCUAGCUGUCAAAUUUGAAAAACCGACUACCCAACAGCAGAUGUGUACAUCACCAAGGGAAUCAAAACUAGAAAGUGCAAAAAUUACCAGUGGAGUGUCAGAGAGAACUUUCUCAACAACUCUUCACAAUAUCGGAAGAGAAUCACUUGGCAGCUCAUGGAGCAGUGCAGUAGACUUUGACAAUACAUUGAUGAACUCAGCUGACCACAGUUACUUAAACAGUUCAGAUAAAAAACCAGGCUUAAGUGAUGGAGGCUGGUCCGAGGAAUUCAGAGGGAAAUUUUAUGAAAGAUAUAUGGAGAAGCGAGAUGCAAAGCUUCGGGAAGAGUCAAUCACCAAACGAGCUGAGAAGGAAGCCAAACUCAAAGCUAUGCAAGAAGCUCUUGAACGUACAAAAGCUGAAAUGAUUGCCAGGAGUGCAAAAUCCUUGGAAAAGCAAGAUUCCAUCAUCCAGGCUAGAGCAAGAGCUGAAAAAUUGAGGUCUUUCAAUGCCCGAUCAUUGAAGAACAAGAAACAACAAUUUGAAGCAGAACAAAGUGAUGAUGAAGAGUAUUCUAAUGAUGUGAAUGAGCAGGCAUUUUACAAACAGGAAAAAAGUAUUACAUUUAACACUCCUAGUCCUUCUGAUAUGCUUUCUCCAUUUUCAUCAAAAGAAUUGCCAAAAUCUAGCUCUGCCAAGAAGCUUUCCUCAAAUAAAGCUACGCCUUAUACAACACAACGUGGUUCCUUGACAUCUCCCUCACCCAGGUCUUCCAUACCUGUUAAAGUUCCAAGUGUUGGAAGUGCCUCUUCAGCCCGUCGCAGGGGCCAUGAAAAUCCUCUGGCUCAGUCUGUUCCUAACUUUGCUGAUCUGAGAAAAGAGAAUACAAAACCUUCUACUGGGCGGGCAGGUUUGAGCUCAAACUUGGGUGGUGCAUCUCGUGGGCAGCCCAAGAGUGGUAGCCGUAAAAGUGGCAAUGAAGACUUCUCUUAUGAGAUGAAUGGGUCUUUGCCUCCUUCGCGGUCAACUAACAAUAAGGAAGAGAAGCAACGUCGAAACCAGGCAAUGAGGAAAAGCUGCACAAGUAUGAGUGAGAUAAAGGAUUUAUCUGACCCAACCUGUGAGGGAGUUGUAUUGGCUCCACUGAAAGUUAGUAAAGAAGCAUCUGAACCAGUCUUCUAUGGUAAAAGCACAAGGAGAAACAAUGGUGCUUCUUUAGAGGCUAAACCUUUUCUGCGUAAGGGAAAUGGAAUAGGCCCAGGUGCUGGGCCAGGCGUUGCCAAAAUGAAAGCCACUCUGGCUGCUGAAAAUAUGAAAGGUACAGAGGAUGAAGGUCAAGCUGAGAUUCAAAAUGGCGAGGAAAUCAUAGAUGAAUUUGGAAAUGGGCAAUCAUUUGAAAGUCCUGAAGGCAUUGCAGAUGAAAAUGAUAAACAUAAAGUUGAUUUGGCGGAUAACUCUGAUGCUCAAGCUGAUUCAGAUACAUCUCAGAAUGAGGUACAAGGAAAAGAAGGUCUGAAUCAAACAUCUGAUAGAUCAGAUGAUGCAAUAUCUGAUAAUGAAGCAUUAUCCAGAACUCCUUCACAAGUGAAUGGCACAAGUAUUUUGGAUUUUCAUAUGACAUCUUUACCGGCUACAAGAAAUUUAGUGCACAAUGAAGAAAUGGUUGAAAGUUCUGGGAUGAGGUUGGGUCGUGCUGCAUUGCUCCAGCAGAAGCAUAUCACAGGGUCUCCAUCUAUGCACAUGGCCAGUUCUGCAACCCAUUUCAGCCCUGCAACAAUGGGACUGGACUCUCCAAUGGAAAGCCCAGCCUCAUGGAACUCUCAUAUGCAUCAUUCUCUCUCUCAAAUGCUGGAAGCUUCUGAUGUUGAUGCAUCUGCAGAUUCGCCUAUUGGAAGCCCUGCAUCGUGGAAUUCACAUUCCCUUUCCCAGAUGAUGGAGACCUCUGACACUGAUGCAGCCAGAACACGCAAAAAAUGGGGCAGUGCUCAGAAGCCUGUUUUGCUUGCUUCUCAGCAAUCCCACAAAGAUGUUCCCAAGGGAUUUAAGAGGCUCUUGAAAUUUGGCAGGAAAAGCCGUGGUUCGGAAACGGUCCCAACAGAUUGGGUUUCUGCAUCGACUACAUCUGAAGGGGAUGAUGACACAGAAGAUACAAGGGAUCUUGCUAUCAGAUCUGCAGAUGAUCUUAUGCGAAAAUCAAGGAUGGGAUUUGCACCAACACAACCCACAUAUGACAGGAAUUAUGAUUUUGGAAGUGUAAGCGGGCCUGUAGAAAGUGAUAGUUUCCAUGACCAAGGUUCAAUUCAAUCUCUUCGAAGUUCAAUUCCAGCUCCCCCAGCAAAUUUCAAAUUAAGAGAGGACCACCUAUCAGGAGGUAGCUCCAUUAAAGCACCCCGGUCUUUCUUCUCACUGUCAUCAUUCAGAAGCAAAGGAAGCGAUUCAAAGUCUAGGUGAUCACUGUGAUUUCUGGUCACCGAAUGUUGCAGAGUAUCUUAGAUGAAGAUUCUUAGUUCACAGUUCUGUUAAAGAAUUUCUUUCAAGCUGUGGACAUUUGGCAUUGUCAUUGCACAUUCCACUGCCAUUGUGAGGAGUAAUCUUACAGUCAGAAUCCUAAUAUCAAGGCAGUUAAGGUUUCUAGUGCCUAAACAGUUUUGAAGGCCUUACAAUGAAACUUGUGUGGUCUGGACACAAUUUCAUUUUUGGUUACCAUGAGUACAGAGAGUUCAUUGUUAAUCUCUAUUUUGUAUACUAAGUUGUUUCCCAGGAGUUCACAUGUCAACAAAAGAGUUUAUCAGAUUCUAGUUAUAUCCUAAGCUGGUUUGAUGAUAUUAGGAUGUUUAAGGUUCCAGAAUACUGUAAUAAGCCUAUGUAAUCAUCAGUCUGGAGUCAUGGUAGGUCUAUAAAUGUAGUUAAUAAUAUGCUAUUUUUUCUAUAUUCAAAUUGUAACUGCCAAUUGGCAAUUGUUCAUCGUGAAUUGUAUGCCCUUUGGGUCAUUUUAGAGAACAGGUAGGCAGCUUCCAUAAUUAUUGUCAGUUAUAAUCUUACGAUAUAUUAUACCUACCAAAAGUCAAGCUGCCAAUUGGCGGUUGUUAUUUGUGAUUUGUAUUGCCAUUGGCUCAUUGUGCAGAUACAUUAGAGGUAUUUUGGUAUCCUGUAUCAUUGGUUCGAUUGGUAUUGAUCAUGUGAGCUACAAAAAUAGCACGAUCAAGCCUCGAACGUUAUUGAUCUCCAAGGCAAUAUGCCCAAAACAUUUGAUUUAUUAUUUAAUCUGUGUUUGGUAUUCUGUAUCACUGGAUUGGUAGGUAUUGAUCAUGAUGGCUACAAAUACAGCAGGAUCAAACCUCCAACACUAUUGAUCUCCCAAGCAAUAUGCCCAAAACAUGUGAUCAUUAUUUAAUUUGUGUUUUUGGAAUC